AUGAGAGAAACUGAAGAAAUCAAAGCUACACUUCUUCAGAAGAGGGAACAUGACGGAGCCGGUGCCUCCGGUUCUCACUCGGCGGACGAAUCGCAAAAUAAUGAAAAUUCUCCGAUCGAGCAAGUGUCCCUCACGGUGCCGGUCACCGAUGAUCCAACACUACCGGUCGUUACCUUCCGAAUGUGGACUCUCGGAAGCCUAGCUUGUGUUCUUCUAUCUUUCGUCAACCAAUUCUUCUGGUACAGGAGAGAGCCUCUCUCAGUCACCUCAAUAUCGGCGCAGAUCUCCGUGGUCCCACUCGGACACCUCAUGGCGUCGACGAUCACGAAGAGAAUAUUCUUCGAGGGACAAAAGUGGGAAUUCACGCUAAAUCCGGGUCCGUUUAACGUGAAGGAGCACGUCCUGAUCACGAUUCUUGCGAACUCCGGCGCUGGAAACCCUUACGCUAUUCACUUUGUGAGCGCCGUGAAGAUAUUUUAUCAGAAGAGGUUGAGUUUUUGGGCGGCAUUGGUGGUGGUUGUGACGACGCAGGUGUUGGGGUUCGGGUGGGCGGGGUUGUUCCGGCGGUACUUGGUGGAGCCGGCGGCUAUGUGGUGGCCUCAGAACCUAGUCCAGGUUUCACUGUUCAGGUACCUUGUCAAACUGUCAUUCAAAGCUUGA